AUGAACCAACCCUCAUAGCCAUCAUUUUAAAGGGGUUUCUCAAAGGAUUUCAAAGCCUUUCUUGAUUAAAAUUAUAGGCUUUGGGGUUUCCAUAGACCUGACAUCAUUUCUGGAUGCUAUGGGUAAUUGAAAUAUAUAUUCAUUAGCGGAGCAGAAACUAGACCUACUCAAAAGCCUUCCAGAAUACCCAUAAUAUUUAUUCACGGAAAUAGCGAUGUGGCUGUAGGAGAUGGAAGCUACGGCAUUUAUAUGACAGGGUUUAGUUCAUAGAUUGAAUAUUUUUUGAGUCAAGGAUACGAGAAAUAAGAUUUAUAUGCUACUACUUGGGGAGAUGCUGAUUCUAACACGGCAAGCCUUAAUUACCAUUCAGAAAACUACCUUAAAUACAAUAGAGCAUUUGUUGAGGCUGUUUUAUAAUAUACAAAAUCUCCUUACGUCAACAUAAUUUCACAUUCAAUGGGUGUAACUUUGGCCAGAAAAGUAAUCAAAGGAGGAAAUGCCCGUGACGAGUUGGGUAGUGGAAGAUAUGAUCUAGGGGAUCCUCUUACUUCCAAUGUCAAAGUAUUUGUAGGCUUAGCAGGUGCAAAUUAAGGAUUAAGUUCUUGUUAUACUUCUGGUUCCACACUCCCUACCUGUGGCAUGACUAAUGGAUUCUACCCAGGCUAACCACCUUAUGUAGGAAAAUCCUCAUUUUUAGAAGAAUUGGAUUCUAAUUCAGCAAAGGAAGGAAAAUACAUUGUAACCGGAAGAGCCAACUAUGAUGAAAUUAUUGGAGGUAAUAACUUAGUUUGGGGAAAGUAUACAACUAGAAUGAAAAAUGAAAAUGAGGAGAUCGUAUUUAGUAGUGCAACUGUGGGUCACUUUGGAUUGAGAGAUGAGGCUGGACCUUAGAUCUAUACAAUUCUAAAAAAAUAAGGAGCUAUAAAUUAAUGA